CCAGAGUCUCCUGCAGUGGGGCCAUGAGCGGGGAGCUUCUGAUGCUGAUGCUGCUGCCCCUGGCGGGGGCGGCUGCUCAGGAUCCCUGGUACCAGAUAACCCAGCCCGAGUCCCUGUCGGCGCUGGCCGGGGGCUCCGUCACCCUGCCCUGCAACUUCACCUACCCCCGUGAGAUCGAGCCGCUGCAGGACCUCCGGGUUUACUGGAGACUCGGGUUCCAUGGCCAGUUUAUCUACAAUCACACCGAGAGAUUCACCCGCCCGGAUUACGGGGGCCGCAUCGUCCUGGUCGGGGACCCACGGGGGAGCCGAACGGCCACAAUCUGCAUCAACCGGCUGCAGGAGUCGGACGCCGGAGAGUACGUCUGCCACAUCACGGUGCGGAAGAACAAUGGCCAAUGGAACCAAUGGCGCCAUCACCCUGGGACCCAGCUCACGGUGACAGGGCGGGAAGCUCCCAGCCCCACGGACAGCACGUGGCACCGAGAAAUGGUCACAACUAGAGCGGCGGGUGCGGGGAGAACCUGCCCCUGGUGCAUCGACACCGUUCACCUCGUCCUUAUCGGCCUUGUCCUGGUGCUUUCCAAGGCCGGCAUCUGCUUCGUGGUCUUUGCCCUGGGCCGGCGGCGGGGCUGGGGUCACGGCCCACAGAGCGUCACCGGGCGGGUGUCCGGAAGCGACGCACCAUUGGCGUCAGGAUUCAAACUCACCUGCCUGGCGCAGAGCUCUCCGCCAGGCAUCCCGGGGGAAUGACACCGUCCAGCAGCUGUAGAAUGGUUGUUAUCCUCCAGCAAAAUACCCGCUAGCAAGAGCAGAGCGGCAUGGAUAGUGUGC